GGCGCUGGCGGCGCUGGCCAAGAAGGUGUGGAGCGCGCGGCGCCUGCUGGUGCUGCUGCUGGCGCCGCUGGCUCUGCUGCCCAUUCUCUUCGCCCUGCCGCCCAAGGAAGGCCGAUGCCUGUAUGUCAUCCUGCUCAUGGCGGUGUACUGGUGCACGGAGGCCCUGCCCCUGUCAGUGACGGCUCUACUGCCCAUCAUCCUCUUCCCCUUCAUGGGAAUUCUACCCUCCAGCAAAGUCUGUCCCCAGUAUUUCCUCGACACCAACUUCCUCUUCCUCAGCGGCCUGAUCAUGGCCAGCGCCAUCGAGGAAUGGAACUUGCAUCGGAGAAUUGCCCUCAAGGUCCUCAUGCUGGUUGGGGUCCAGCCUGCAAGGCUCAUCCUGGGGAUGAUGGUGACCACAUCAUUCUUGUCUAUGUGGCUGAGUAACACAGCCUCCACUGCAAUGAUGCUACCCAUCGCCAGUGCCAUCCUCAAGAGCCUCUUUGGCCAGCGCGAAGCUCGGGAAGCUCGGAAGGACCUUCCCCGGGAAGGUGAUGAGAACACAGCUACUGUACGGGGAAAUGGACUUGGAACAGUGCCCACGGAGAUGCAGUUUCUCGCCAGUUCAGAACGAGGUCAUCCUGAGGAUGCAGAGGCCCAGCUGGAGCUGCCUGAUGACUCCAAGGAGGAGGAAUACCGCAGAAACAUCUGGAAGGGUUUUCUCAUUUCCAUUCCCUACUCGGCCAGCAUCGGGGGCACUGCCACACUCACGGGCACAGCCCCGAACCUCAUCCUGCUUGGCCAGCUCAAGAGUUUCUUUCCACAGUGUGAUGUGGUGAAUUUUGGCUCCUGGUUCAUCUUUGCCUUCCCUCUCAUGCUGCUGUUCCUACUGGUGGGCUGGCUCUGGAUCUCAUUUCUCUAUGGUGGAAUGAGCUGGAGGGACUGGAGGAAGAAGAAAUCGAAGAUCCGAGCUGAUGCAGAGGACAAGGCUAAGGCUGUGAUCCAAGAGGAGUUCCAGAACCUGGGGCCCAUCAGGUUUGCUGAACAGGCCGUCUUCAUCUUGUUCUGCACAUUUGCCAUCCUCCUCUUCUCCCGGGACCCGAAGUUUAUCCCUGGCUGGGCCAGCCUCUUCACCCCUGGGUUUGUUUCGGAUGCUGUCACCGGUGUGGCCAUUGUCACCAUCCUGUUCUUCUUCCCUUCCCAGAAGCCCUCACUCAAGUGGUGGUUUGACUUCAAAGCUCCCAACUCAGAGCCGGAGCCCCUGCUGAGCUGGAAGAAGGCCCAGGAGACAGUGCCCUGGAAUAUCAUCCUCCUCCUAGGAGGCGGCUUUGCCAUGGCCAAAGGCUGUGAGGAGUCGGGGCUGUCAGCGUGGAUCGGUGGGCAGCUGCACCCCCUGGAGCAUGUCUCCCCACUGCUGGCUGUGCUGCUCAUCACCGUGGUCAUUGCCUUCUUCACAGAGUUCGCCAGCAACACAGCCACCAUCAUCAUCUUCCUGCCCGUCCUGGCAGAGCUGGCCAUCCGACUGCACGUGCACCCCUUGUACCUGAUGAUCCCAGGCACGGUCGGCUGCUCCUAUGCCUUCAUGCUGCCAGUCUCAACACCCCCCAACUCUAUUGCCUUCUCCACUGGACACUUGCUGGUCAAAGACAUGGUGCGGACCGGCCUCCUGAUGAACCUCAUGGGUGUCCUGCUGCUCAGCCUGGCCAUGAACACCUGGGCGCAGACCAUCUUCCAGCUGGGCACCUUCCCAGACUGGGCCAACACCCACACUGCCAACGUCACCGCACUGCCACCUGCCUUGACCAACAACACAGUUCAAACCCUCUGAGCUCUGCUGGGGACUUCUUUUUCCGGCUGGGCCUUCCCCAGAGGGCUGUUGCUGUCACUUGUUGCUAGGAUCCUACAAGCUGAUCGAGCAAUUCUUUCCUGUAAUCUGAUAGGAGGCAGCAAGCAAGGAUGACCUCCAGUUCACUGGGGCCACGGGCCCACUGUCUGCAGCACCUUCUCUUCCUUUCUCAUGCAUCUCAAAGCCAGCUAUCUCCUGUGCCCGCUGCCUGCGGAACAGGCUUUUCUCCCCGAGCUGGUCUGUGGCCAGGGUGCAGGAAAGUCCACUUCAGCCGUGAGGAGCAAAGCUGAAAUGGCAUUUGUUUUGCACACCUGGGGACGAGGGUUUCCGAUGCUCAUGGGUGCCAUUGGCUUUAGGUCUCUGGAGAUGUCACCACUUCAGAGACUGGAGGGGCUUUGUGACUGCAAAGCUCCAGGCCAGGUGUUACAGCUGUUGACAGCAGGCUGGAUUCUGCCCUUUCUGUUUAACCAUCUCCCUUUUGGAUGGUCCGGGCAGCUAGAGGUUGGCUCCCAUUGCCUGAGGCGAGGGAGGACACGGAUCUUCCUGGAGUCUCUCGGCUGCUUCCUCAGCCCCCCAGGCAGCACACCAUGGGGGUUUGAGAAACCCCAGCUUACGUAUCCACCCAAGAUGCUUGCGGUUCUCUUCUUUUCAUUUGAUUUUCUUAGGCCCUAGCUCUGGGUCAGCCCUGCUAGGUCCUUGGGAGGGGCUCUGUGGCUGCAGAGCUGUUUGUAUCCUGACAACUGGGUUUGUCCUCCCUACUCCCACCCCAUGUGAUUAGUAAGUCUUAUUUGCAAAGGUCAAGGUCUUGAGGGGUGAGAGAAAAAUCUGAAGGUCAGUGGAGACCUCGGAGAAAACCAGGACAAAGUGUCUUAGGCCAGAACUAUGCUGAAACAUUGUAACAGUGUGACACUGUAACAUUGUGCAGAUGGAGACACACCCCCCAACACCCACACCCCUCCCAGAAAAGCCUUCCCCCAGAGGCUGAAGCUGGGAAGCAGACAGUUGCUGUCCUUAUUACCAGUAAAAGUCUCUAGCAUUCUGUGAACAGCACAAUGUGGGUGGGGACAGUGGGUGGCUCGGGACUCUGCUGACACCUGGGGGUGGAGCCAUCACUUCCUCCAGAGGGUGGACAUCCUGGGGAUGGACACUUUAUGAUACAGCACAAGUAAGUCAGAGUGUUUUCCCAGAGCAGGGGUGGAGGGGGCCCUGAGCUGGAGGUGACAAAGUAAGACUGAAUCAGCUUCAGCGUCCCCUGAGGCUGAGGUAGCAUCCCUCAGGGGACAAGGAAGGGCAUGUACAGAGAAGACCACGGCCUUGGGACCCCAGGACUCAUGAUUCCUGAUACUGCUGAUCAAAAAUGCACUCAAAUAAAGAAUGUUGGUCAAUACUGGA